AUGUUUGUGAGAUCCGGUGCUUUUGGCGCCCGUAUGGCUGGCAUGACUGCUGCCAGAAACUAUGCCACUUUGCGUGAGAUUGAAAUGCGUUUGAAGUCGAUCAAAAACAUCGAAAAGAUCACCAAGACAAUGAAGAUUGUGGCUUCGACACGUUUGUCGAAGGCUGAGAAAGCUAAGACCACUGCUAGAGAGUAUUCUGCCUCUGAACGCGCGUUCUACAAGAGUGCCGAAACUAAAGGUGCUGAGACCGAGACUCCUAACGAGCUUGUAAUUGCCGUCACUUCUGACAAGGGGCUAUGUGGGUCGAUCCACUCGCAAUUGGCCAAAGCUGUCCGCAGAGAGCUUGUCUCUUCGCCUCAGGCGGACCUCGUUUGCAUUGGUGACAAAGUCAAAGCACAGCUUCUCAGAACUAACGGCGACCGUAUGAAACUCGCCUUCAACGGUGUUGGUAAAGAAGCCCCAACUUUCGAGGAGUCUGCCUUGAUGGCAAACCAGAUUUUGCAAAUCAGCAAGCAGUACUCUACCAUCAAGAUCUUUUACAACAACCCCGUUUCUUCCAUAUCGUUCGAGCCUAGCGUCAAACCUGUGUACAACGCUGAGGCCAUUGAGCAGUCUCCUUCUUUUGCCAAGUUUGAAAUUGACAGCGACAACAAGGUCUCCCAAGAUUUGUUCGAGUUCACUUUGUCUAACCAGAUUCUCUCCGCUAUGGCCGAUGGUUAUGCUGCCGAGAUCUCUGCCAGAAGAAACGCCAUGGACAAUGCCUCGAAGAACGCCGGUGACAUGAUCAACAAGUACUCUAUUCUGUACAACAGAACCAGACAAGCCGUUAUUACCAACGAAUUGGUCGACAUCAUCACUGGUGCCUCUUCUUUGGGCUAA